UCUAAGCAUGCGUUCCAGUUACAAAGGCGGAUAAACUUUUGAAUAAGAUCUUCCAGCCUGGAUAAAGGAUAAAAGGCCUUAUCGUAACUAGUCACGUGAUGGAUGUUUAUUUUGCUAAACGAGCUAGAUGUGAGACAAUUAUCUGCGCGCCAUGCGACAAACGAGAGUGUGUUUUGGAAAUAAUGACUUAGUUAUUUUUAAAUGUGUUUAACAUCAAAUUGGGCCCCAUGAUAUUCAUGUGUUAUGUUAGAGGGAGCAGGAUAUUGUGCAGUGAAAAUUGCAAUGAUCAUUGCUUGCUGACGCAGACGGACGGGGCGAUGCGAUGAUCAAAUUAGGCGUGGUUUAUCGCACGCAAUACGAUGCAAAAAUGGUUAUUUUUAUUUCAUGUUAGUCUUGGCUUUGCUGAAGAAUUCUUCCCCGAUAAGACAUCUGUGAUCACCAACGAACACUUGGCCUUUUACCAGAGAAAAGACUUCUACUUGAUCACCGUUCCAUGCGCAGUCGCGGCGCUGUUUUUGAUCUGCUGCGUGCUCUGCUGCACCCUGUACGCGCGAGAGGGCGUGUGUCACCUGUUCGACUUCCCGGAGGAGCUGCGGCGCCACGCCAGCGGCGAGCACUUCCUCACAGUGGACGAGUUCCUGGAGCUGGAGCGACGCCAUCGGCUCGGCCUGCCCGUCGAAUCGCUGCUCGAACUGGAGAAGAAGCGGCGGUCUGAGGCCGGCGCCGGGAUUCCUCAGCUAGAGGGCGACCAGCCUGUGGCGGAGGAGGGCUGGCCGCAGCCUGAGGGUGACGCGGGCACCUGGGCUCAGCCCCAGGAGCCACCGACCAGUGACGCCGUCUACAUGUCGGGGCAGUCAGACGCCCGAGUGGCGUCAUCCCUGGCGGACACGCGCUCUCCUCAGGCGCAGUGGAGCGCCCCGAGGAUGAGGAGGUCAAUGUCGCUGGAUCGUGUGACCAACCGAGGCGCAGAUGAGCUCGGCAGUCGGCCUGGACAGUAUGCUGCUCCCACAGACGCACCAGCGUCGCCCGGCGCAAGUCCGAUGCAAUAUGAAGCGCCGCCUCAGCAGCAGGGAAGCGAGUUCCCGAGACAAACGCCGCCCGGUGACCGUCGUGAGCCGGAUCCCACAACCGGGCAGCUGGAGGCAGGCCGUCCAGCUCCUGAGACUGCUCCCAACGCUUUCAACCCUGCUGACGACGCAAGAAGAGCACCUGCCGACGACCCCCGGUAUCCAGCAGACUACCGUCGUCCCAGCCAGCCGCAGGACAGUUUUGGAGCGGACCGCGGAUACCCGCGCCGCUCCGACCCUGAACUGUUGCGUCGCGCUGCUGAGCGAGGUUACGACCCCGGGGGUGUCUACGGAGGACCAGGGAGGCCUCCGGACGGCUACGACCAGUGGUCUUUGAGAGAUCGACCAUAUGACGGAGGUCACCCUCCGCCAGAAACUUAUGACCGCUCUCCGCACUUGGCCGACCAGCGUGAUUCUAGGAACCGCGAUCCCGCCGACCGACCUCCACUAGGAGCGGAACGACCUGGAGUUGACCGACAGCUGACGGACAGACAGGGACCGGAGGUUGGGCGCAGGCACUCGGGUCUGCAGCGCUAUAGCUCCCCGCCAACGGCUGCAACCGACGGACGAAGGGUCUCAUCCAGGGACGGUGCCAUCAUGCCACCAUCUGGGGACAGGACGCUUCAAAAUGACUACAAGACGGACAUUCCUCCAUCAGCAAGGGGUGAUGUAUAUUCUGCUGGAGCUCCUCGACAGGAUUUACCUCCUAAGGGUGGUUUGGAUGAUCCUAGGCAAAGAGUUUAUCCUCCGGAGGAUCCCCUACGUCCUGAUGUCGGACGGAGUGCUCCGAGGGAUCCACCCCACCAGUACGUUCAUUCCGAUAGGGGCUAUCCAAACGAAAAUCGGCAAUUGUAUGCAGAUCGGGAUCUUCAGCACAGAGCUCCCUCCGGUGGCAGACUUGUGUACGACGAAUAUGAUUACCCUCCACAUGAUGCCAAUGGUUCACGGUACGCAGAUUUCCCAGAUAGUCGUACUCGUUUAUAUGAUGAUCCACGGGGACCGCCAGGUGGUCAGCGAUAUGAUUCUGAUAGUCGCGGAACGCCCCAACAACAGGGUUACGAUGCUCCUGAGCAAGUCAUGCAGUACGAUCGUCCUGUCUCAAGAAGAGCUUCCCAAGCCUAUGAAUAUGUCGACCAGGGUUACGCUCCGCAUCCUGACGUGAGGGACGGGGGAUAUCGACGAGGGGAGGGUGCCCCAUCUCGAGUCUCUUCUCAGGGUUCCCUCUCCUAUAGGCGAAGAUCAGAUGAACGGUUCUUGCCACCUCAACAGCAACUGGUGGAUAGCUUUGGCCGACCCAUUUCAAAUGGGACGGAUAUGCGUGAACCUCGUGGGAUUCCUCCCAGACCCCCGGACUAUCCAGGGCGCCCAGUUCCAGCUGACCGCGCAGAAUCUCGCCAAUGGGUCACAGGAGCCGACGGCAGGCGGUACUUGGCUGCAGUCAGAUCGGGGCGCAGUGCCACGGCGCCAUCCACGCCCCGUCAGUGGUCCGGAGUACAGUCGCCGCGUAUGGAGUUCCGUGCCGACGGCCCGGGCAGCUCAAGGAUUUUCGGCAACACCAUCAGACCUGUUCCAGUGGGGAUUUAUGGUGAAACUGUUGAUAUAAACGGCCCAGAUAUGUCAGGAUAUGACAACAGAGAUGGCCAGAAACCGUAUGAUGACCGAUACAUGGAAGAAUCUCGUCGUAGGGAGAAUGAUUGGCCAGAUAGAGACGAUAGGCGAGCCUUAAAUGACUCGUAUGGCCGCAGUGAGGAGGAGACUCGCCCCGAUCAGCAGCCUCCAGCUCCUCGACCGUCGGGCCUCUUACAGCGCGUGCGUUCGGUAUCCGUCAGUCGGAUGUCGCACUCUCUUCGUCAGAUGGUGGCCGGCAAGCAGCAGCCGAGCUCCCGCAGUCGCUCCGAGGAGCCCCGCGACCUGGCUGGAGACAGUCCUCGCGGCUCGGCGGCCUGGCUGCUGCACAGGAUCCGCUCUCUGCGGGGUGUGUCCGAGCAGCCGACGGUGUCAUCGCGCAGCAGUCAGCGACGGCGGCAGGAGCGCCGCACGGACCGUCUGAACCGGUCGCACGGGCCGCAGGACAGUCUGACCGGGUCCGAGGGGGCCGUCAGUGGGGCGGCGGACUGGCCGUCCUCGGUGGAGGACCUCGAGGAGGGUGAGUACGUCAGCCCCUCACGGAGGGACGGAGAGGGAAGUCGGCAUCCAACUCCGCUGCCAGCCGGACAGGAUCGUGCAGGACUUGAUGAAGUGUUCCCGACUGAAUUACAAACACAAAGUCCAAGACAAGGAGCGGAGAGUGACGUAACGAAACCGCCCGAUGAAGUGUCAGCAAAGCAGCCUUCACCAAAGCAGGAGCCCGUGCAGUAUGUUCUGGAGGAGCAUGAUGGACGAAAACGGAUCGUCGCUGUUGCCACUGAUCUGCCUGAAGCCGAUCAGUUUGUUGGAGAUGCGCUGGAGCCACCAGCCGGCGAUAAGCGAGCAGUCAGCGAUUACUCCGGUGACAGUGAUGAGGAUGCUGCGAAGAAGAAAGGCCAAAAGAAACGCAAGGUCAGGAGUGCUGUUAAACACCUACGAUCUGAUGAGUCGGCAAACAGCCAAACUAAGAGGAAGAAGUCCAAGGCCAAAAAGAAGAAAAAGAAACAUUCCCGCAAGCGAUCGAAAUCCAGUCGAAGCACGAGCAGUUCAAGUAGCUCUUCGUAUGAGAAAUCAACGAAAAGAUCUAAGCGGCACAGCGCUUCUUUGUGCGGAGACAGUGAUCAAAGUGAUUCUGAUGAUUCCGACUACGACGUAGAAUCUUACGAAGAUAGCCAAGUGUCCUUAGCAGAGCAUGGCAGGCGUCUUGCCCGUUCGGGAUCCCGAGACAGUCACCGAUCUACUAACCAGCGGCGAUACCAGGCUCACAGGGACAACAGGUUCAGCGAGAGGUCCAUGUACGGCCAGCAGGACCGGCGGCCCUACCAGGGCCACCACCACCACUCGCCGCGGCCGUCCCCGGCACCCGGCAGGAGCCGCUGGGACUCGGGCUCGCCGGGGCGCGGCGGCCCGGCCCGCUCCGAGACGCCGCCCGACCGGGAGCUGACCCCGGACAGGGGCCGCUCGGAGCUGAACCGGCACGGCCAGCCGCGACAUCGACCGGUCGUCUUCCAGAACGAGUCACUGCGCUCCUUCGUCAGCCAGCCGCCGCGGCGCGCGUUCGUGCAGCGCGGCCGGCCGCCGCGGACGGGCCGGGGCACCGUGCCGGCCUGGAUGCGCCGGCCGUUCCAGACCAACCAGUCCUUCAUGUGGCAGCAGUACCCGGAGUCGCCGCAGCGCGGCAGGGCCAGGGGCUCGCCGACCGGCCAUCAGGGCCCGCGCACGCCGCCGCUGCCCUCGCCGCCCCCGGGCCCCGACAGACAGUCGCCGUCCACCACCCCGCCGCGCCCCCCGCCUCGUCCCGGCCCGGCCGUGCGGGCGGACCCGCGCACCAGGCCGGCGAGGGACCCGCGGCUCUGCGCCGCCAGGACCCAGGCGGCGCGCGAGGCCGCCGCCCGCGAGUGCCAGAUGAGGAGGGCGGUGCUGGGAGAGACGAGCCGAGAGGAGGUCGGCUGCACCAGUAAGCUCAAACGGUUCUUCGAUGAAUGAUGUGUCAGGCAGGGCCAUUAUUUGGUAUUUGUAGUCUUUGGAAUGCAUGUUUAAUUGACUGGACACAUCCGAAGGUUAAUGAGACUCUGGGAGUGAUGUGUUUUGUGUAAAUAACGUGUCAUGUCUAUCCAUUUAACUAUGUAUGUUGACUGUUGUUUCCGUGUGAUAUACAAGAGUGCUGUAAACGUGAUGUUGAUCUCAAUUCCGCGUGGUCGUCUACACACGUAAUACGCCGUUGGGCAGGGUUUGCCGGUCUUCUAACAACGAGUUGCAAAGGGGGAAUCAUAAGUGCUGAUGACGUAGUUAGUGUAUCGUGCACGCGGAAAGACGCAUGCUUUUUAGAUAUGCGGCUGAUGCUGUCACUUUUUCACCCUAGGCCACUGAAGGAUGUAUUCGUGCUCGUGGACGUUUUUAACCAAUUAUAUGUAUAUUCGGUAACUGCUGCCAUCAUUUUAAAUGUUGAAUAUACGGCGAUUAG